AUGGGAAUGAGAUCCUGGGUUCGAGCUAUGAAAUGCCAGCUGCUGGUGACCAGCCUCUUCAUUAUGCUACUCGGAGUAUCAGUUGGCAUAUUGGCUAUUAUCACCUACAAUGGAAAACACUUCACUGUCAUAAAUUCUGCCUCUUCAGAGACAAACUCCUAUUAUAGAAAUUUCCACAAUAUUGUUUUCUACGUCGGGAUAUGUCUGAGCAUCAUUCUGGCCAUGGCUGCUCUGAUGAGCAUUGUCGCCACAAUAAAAGAAUUGGAGGGCGCUAUGGCAACUUGUUUUUUCUGCUUUGCUGUGGUUCUCUGUGCUUCAGGACUGGCCACAUAUUGGACCAUUACCAACAGUAUUGUGGUUGAGAAUGCCAUGAUGGAUGUAUAUGACUUUGUUUAUGAAGAUGUGAGAAGCAACAUUUCCAGCACCAGAAGACAGGAGCUAUAUUCCAUUCACAAGAUGUUUCUUUGUUGUGGGAAGAAGUCACCCUUUGGAGGAACAAGCAGUAUAGAAGAUGAAAUGUGUGCAUCAGAAAUUCCGGGAACAGCAGAAGAGGAUUGUCUCCAAGAAAUCAAACACUUCCUGAAAAAACAUAUGGACAUUGUCUCUGUACUGAUGACCAUCACAAUUUUCUUCAUGAUUUAUGGGAUGGUAUUAACUUCAUUCCUUUGGCACUCUAUCCAUCAUAAGAGCAAUUUGGAUCAGAAGGGCAAAUAUGUUCUGGCGAGGCUAUCAGAAACUGGCUUCUGACCUGCGCAAAAGAAGGACCAGGACUUUCCACAGAUGUGAGUGGACAAUGGGUGAUGCUCACUCUCCUCGUUGCCUUUUUUCCCCUCUACAAAGGACCCAUUCCAAAUACAGUUGAGCAAAUAGGCAAGCAAGAAGCCUGCGCUAUUUGUUGAUAGGCUGUUCAAAAUGGUGCUCAGCCAGGACCUCAGAAGCACGCAGUAUUGACUGUAAACAUGAAGGCAGGAAAGAAACUGUUCAACCACAAGCACGCUUGCCAACUGAAAGCCAUAAUUUGGGACCCCCAAAAUAGCAAGUCACAGCAGAACAACUAUUUCCACAGAAUGGAAAUUGCUAAGCUCAUUAACUAGCAAACAUCUUUUAAAAUUCAGCUGAAUGAAUGAGGGAAAAUGCUCAGUAGCUGCUUUUAUUUUAUUUUUUUUGUCCAUCAAUUUUCACCAUGGCCAGUUCUGCUGCAGUACCUGAAUUUAAAUCGUACUGGUAUUUUUGUAUGCUUUCUUGAUUUAAAUAAACUAAGGUUCUUUGGAGACAACCUAUCUUUCUAAUUUAAAAGUAAGUCUGGCAACUAUGACAGAAAUUGAGUUUUGUUCUAUUUCAUCAGAUCCAUCUAAAACUA